AGUGGGCAGUAUGUACAGGAGAGGAGUGUGGAGGGUGUGACAGUGGUAGUAUGUACAGGAGAGGAGUGUGGAGGGUGUGACAGUGGGCAGUAUGUACAGGAGAGGAGUGUGGAGGGUGUGACAGUGGGCAGUAUGUACAGGAGAGGAGAGUGGUGGGUAAGACAAUGGGCAGUACGUACAGGAGAGAAGUGUGAAGGGUGUGACAAUGGGCAGUACGUACAGGAGAGAAGUGUGGAGGGUAUGACAGUGGUAGUAUGUACAGGAGAGGAGUGUGGAGGGUAAGACAGUAGGCAGUACGUACAGGAGAGGAGUGUGGACCAAAUGAUGAUGGGCAGUACGUUCAUGGGCGGUAUGGGGGCAUGGACAGUGUGGGGGUAUGGGCAGAAAGGAAU